AUGGCCACUACCUGUCACCCCAUGCUGGCCAGAGGCUCUGCCCAGCGGGCUGCUGGCUGCCUCCCUCCACCUCAGGGCACCAUAACCCAACACCAGUUCCAGCAGGCACAAGAAAAAGAGGAGACUGAGCCGGAGAAAGAAUUGCUAGAACUGAAGCCUGUGCAGAAAGAGGACCUGGACCUUAAGCCAAAAGUGGAGCUGGAGCCCGAGCCAAAGCCCAAGGACCCUGAGCAGCAGGAGUAUAGGACAGAGUUCCUCCAGCCCUUCCCGCAGCAGGACAUCAGCCAGUGGAGCGUGAGGUCCAAUUCCAGCUACCUGAGUGCUGCCGAGGAGGGCAGGGCGUCCGCCAACCAUCGCUCCAUCCGCGUGCAGACCUCCAAGCACCUCUUCUGGGCAGACAAACUCAUCCAGGCUUCCGAACACAGCCUGCAGCAGGCGGUCGGCAGGCAGCUGGACAAGAAGAGUACAGGUAAGGCCACCAGCCAUCAGGACCAGCAGUCCAACCUCAAGGACGCCACGUGCUCCAAGCAGCAGCUCCAGAGCCCCCACGCCCAGCCAGCUCCUCGGGCCGCAGACGCCCAGCAGCCACCGGAUCCCCACCCGGCCUCCCCCAGUCCCUCACCAGCCAUUGGCCUGGCAGAGCUGAUCAACUUUGCAUCUUCCUUGGCCGUGGCCUCCUCCAGCAAUAUGGACUUGCCCAAAUUGGAGCAUAUGAUCAAAGCUCCACCGCAGAAGGCCGAGGCGCCUUCUACAGAUCCUGCCGUGCCACCGGCCGUGGACCAGCCAGAGAAGGAAGAGCUCGCUAAGGAAUGGUUAGAGAAACCACUUGAAGCAGGGGAGCCACAGAAAGCUUGGAAGCAGGAAGACAAGAGCUUCCCCCACCCUUACCUUGACUUCAACAAGCCGGGGGUCAAGAGGGCCACCAUCGAGGGGGAAGUGAAGCUUCUCCAGGCACCCACCAUAUCGCCUCCGCCUCAAGGAGCCGUGGAAGAGCCUCCACAGAAGCCUCGAAGACUGCCCCCACCAGACCCAGGAGAGGAGCAGCCCUGCAGGAUGCAGAAGGGGAGGCCACAGCAGCCUACUGCCCUGCUGACCCAGGUGGAGCCAGCAUCCAUCAGGGCCACAGGGGCUGAGCAGGCUUCCCCGAGGGCCAGGGAGUGCAAGCGCCUUGCAGCUACCCGUUUGGUGCAGUCUGGCUCAGGUUCUGGGUCUCAGAGCAGAAGCAGCUGUGCAGACGAGAACCUGCUACCCAUGACACCCCGGCAGCUGGCAGCGUUCCAGGAGAUCUUCAAACUGUUCAGCCCCAGCCCGACAGGCACUGUGGACAUGCGCAGCAUGAGAGCUGCCCUGCGCCACAUGGGUAUCCAGCUGAGCCCUCAGGAGAUGUGUGAGGCUCUGCGGCAGGCAGACCCGGACGGUGAUGGAACUGUAAGCUUCAAAGACUUCCUGGGUGUCCUUACCGACAGCUACCGCCUGGCUCAGUGCUUGGGCCAGGCGAGGAACAGCCGGUUCUAUGACCCCCAGGGCCUACAGACCCUGUUCUUAGAGAUUCUGUUCAAGCUGAUGAGCCAGGGCUUUGUCCCCCACAAGUUGGUGCAGGAAGUGAUGAGCUACUACACCAAGAAGCAGCGGGCUCUGCGGCCGAACCCAGGCUGGAAGGACCGGUGGCGUGACCACAGCGGCUCCGCGGGCGCUCCCGGGGGCCUCACCUUCUUCUGCCAGGCCGCGCGCCUCAGCGGCCUCUCCAGCAAUGAGCUGGAGCUCUCGCUGCAGAGACUAAACAAAGCAGGUGCGCGCAGCCCCUACUCUCAGAUCCCUAACUUGGCGAGGCAGACACCGCCAGAAAACAGGAGGCAGAAACGAGCCCCGCGCCCUAACGUCCGACUUCUCAAGUCCUGCCAGCCCAGCAGCCGCAAGCUUGGGCCCAACCAAGGGUCUCUCAGCGCCGAGUUCGUGGGCCAGCCAGCAGACCACGUGCGCCCCUCGAAGUUGGCUCCCUCGCCCCCAACUCUAGUGCAGAAGCAGCCCUCCUCCCCUUCGCCAGCCUGUUUGCAGAAAUCUGCUAUGAAAAACGUGUACAAGUAA